CUGCAGCAAUUAUUUUCCCCUUCUGUCUUCUCCUUUCCUGUUCUCAUAUUACCUGGAAUCUCAUGAGUAUACCAUCUUGUUAUUCCCUUUACACUCUGGGCUCACUGCAUGUAGCAGGACGUGUCUACCUUCAGCUUCAAGAAAUUGUAUCCUUCCAAGACAAAUGGCUAGCACAUUCUGUCGUCUCCUGGCUGGCCGUGCAACUGCUGCAUCCUUUGCAGCAGCAGGCACAGGGAUCCUAACCGUUGGGUACCUCUUCAAUAAACAAAAUGUUAAAGCUACUCUUCAAGAAAAACGAAAACUCUUCCCUCCAAGUGCAGACUAUCCUGAUCUCCGCAAACAUAACAACUGCAUGUCUGAAUGUCUCACACCAGCAAUUUAUGCCAGGCUAAGGGACAAGAUGACUCCCAAUGGCUACACUCUAGACCAGUGUAUCCAAACUGGGGUUGACAAUCCUGGCCAUCCUUUCAUUAAAACUGUGGGCAUGGUUGCAGGUGAUGAAGAAUCCUAUGAGGUAUUUGCUGAGAUUUUUGACCCUGUCAUUAAAGUGAGACAUAAUGGCUAUGAUCCAUGUACAAUGAAACAUCACACAGACCUGGAUGCAUCCAAGAUCACCCAUGGUCAAUUUGAUGAGCAAUAUGUCCUCUCAUCACGAGUACGUACUGGUCGUAGCAUUCGGGGUCUCAGCCUUCCUCCAGCUUGUACCAGGGCUGAGAGAAGAGAAGUGGAAAAUGUUGUAGUCACUGCUCUAGCUGGGCUGAAAGGAGACCUUUCUGGAAAGUACUAUAGCUUGACAAAUAUGUCUGAGAAGGAUCAGCAGCAGCUUAUUGAUGAUCAUUUUCUCUUUGAUAAGCCAGUGUCCCCUUUGCUAACAUGUGCUGGGAUGGCACGUGACUGGCCAGAUGCCAGAGGAAUCUGGCAUAACAAUGACAAGACAUUUCUUGUCUGGAUUAAUGAAGAGGACCACACCAGGGUGAUCUCCAUGGAAAAGGGUGGCAACAUGAAACGGGUGUUUGAAAGAUUUUGUCAUGGUUUAAAAGAGGUUGAAAGAUUAAUUAAAGAACGAGGCUGGGAGUUCAUGUGGAAUGAACGUCUUGGAUACAUUCUGACUUGUCCUUCAAACCUAGGAACUGGUUUACGUGCUGGAGUCCAUGUAAAGCUGCCAAAGCUUAGCAAGGAUCCCAGGUUUCCAAAAAUCCUGGAUAACUUGAGGCUACAGAAGCGUGGCACUGGUGGAGUGGACACAGCAGCUGUAGCAGAUGUGUAUGAUAUCUCCAACCUGGACCGCAUGGGUCGAUCAGAGGGAAGAAGGACGUUGGUGCGCUGGGUCGCGGAGCUGCUUCUUCUCCUUCUCCCCUCUUGGUUGGUGGCCUCGCACCCGCUGUCCUGCCAGGCAUCGCCGUGGAGCUGCUGAUCCACCUCAUCCACCAGCCCAGGAUCUCAGCUCAUCCCUGCUGUCCCAGCCGACUGUUUCCUCGGAGCCCUGCAGGAGCACCGGGACUGACUGCCCGAGGGGUUUGUGAAAACAAAGCCUCUCCUCCAUCCCGUCUCAGCCGAGAAAGCUGUCCCGGGGUCCCUGGUUCUGUUUUCUUGUUAUUGCUGUAGUUAUUGUUUGUUUGUUUACUGGUUAUACUAGUAAAGAGCUGUUAUUCCUAUCCCCAGA